GGCGGCGGCGGCGGCAGCGGCGGCGGGUGAGGAGCCUGAGGCAGCGGCGGGGGCGGCUCCGCGCGCGGUCAGAGAAACAUGGCAGCUAGGCGAAUUGCACAGGAGACUUUUGAUGCUGUAUUGCAAGAAAAAGCUAACCGAUAUCACAUGGACCCCAGUGGUGAGGCCAUAGGUGAAGCUCUUCAGUUUAAAGCUCAAGAUCUUCUGAGGACAGUCCCACGAGCCAGGGCAGAUAUGUAUGAUGACAUUCCUAGUGACAGCAGAUAUACUCUGGCUGGAUCUGUAGCCCACGCUCGAGACACUGGGAGAGAAAGCCUGAGAGGUGAUGUAUUUCCAGGACCUUCUUUCAGAACAAGCAACCCUUCUGUAAGUGAAGACAGCUUCUUUCGCAAAGAAUGUGGCCGGGAUCUGGAAUUUUCCCACGCUGAUUCCCGAGACCAAGUUUUUGGCCACCGGAAAUUGGGACAUUUCCGUUCUCAGGACUGGAAAUUUGCACUCCGUGGCUCUUGGGAGCAAGACUUUGGCCACCCUGUUUCUCAAGAAUCCCCCUGGUCGCAGGAGUAUAGUUUUGCUCCUUCUGCACUGCUGGGGGAAUUCGGUUCUUCCAGGCUAAUUGAGAAAGAGUGUCUGGAGAAAGAGAGUCGGGAUUACGACGUGGACCGUCCAGGGGAGGCGGACUCUGUGCUUAGGGGCAGCGCCCAAGUCCAGGGCAGAGGCCGGGGUCUAAACAUCGUUGACCAGGAGGGGGGCCUUCUAGGAAAAGGGGAGACUCAGGGCCUCCUCCCAUCUAAAGGGGGAGUUGGGAAGCUUGUCACAAUAAGAAGUGUGAGUACAAAGAAAGUACCCACUGUAAAUCGUAUUACUCCCAAAACUCAGGGCACCAACCAAAUCCAGAAAACCACCUCAAGUCCUGAUGUGACCCUGGGGACAAACCCAGGGACAGAAGAUAUCCAGUUUCCUACUCAGAUCCCUUUGGGGCUCAGUCUGAAGGAUAUUCGGCUCCCCAGAAGAAAGAUGAGCUUCGACCUCAUAGAUAAGUCUGAUGUUUUUUCGAGAUUUGGGAUAGAAAUAAUCAAAUGGGCAGGAUUCCACACCAUAAAAGAUGAUGUUAAAUUUUCCCAGCUUUUCCAGACUCUCUUUGAACUCGAAACCGAAACCUGUGCUAAAAUGCUCGCUUCAUUCAAAUGCUCCUUAAAACCAGAGCACAGAGAUUUUUGCUUUUUUACUAUCAAAUUUUUAAAGCACUCUGCUUUGAAAACACCCAGAGUUGAUAAUGAGUUUUUAAAUAUGCUUUUAGACAAAGGUGCUGUGAAGACCAAAAAUUGCUUUUUUGAAAUCAUAAAGCCCUUUGACAAGUAUAUAAUGAGGCUUCAAGACCGACUUCUGAAGAGUGUCACACCCCUCCUCAUGGCCUGCAAUGCCUAUGAGCUGAGUGUUAAAAUGAAGACCCUCAGCAACCCCCUGGACUUGGCUGUUGCUCUGGAGACCACCAAUUCUCUCUGCCGGAAAUCUUUAGCCCUUUUGGGACAGACUUUCUCUUUGGCCUCUUCUUUCCGGCAAGAGAAAAUCUUAGAAGCUGUCGGCCUCCAAGAUCUAGCUCCCUCUCCUGCCGCAUUUCCGAAUUUUGAGGACUCUACUCUGUUUGGGAGAGAGUACAUUGAUCACCUGAAGGCCUGGCUGGUCAGCAGUGGGUGUCCCCUCCAGGUCAAGAAAGCUGAACCCGAGCCAACCCAAGAUGAGGAGAAAACGGUUCCUCCUACCAAACCCGAAGUUCAGGCCAAGUCUCUGAGUGGGCUGAGUGAUGCGGUUCCUCAGCGAGCAGAUCACAAGGUGGUGGAUACUAUCGACCAGCUGGUCACACGUAUUGUCGGAGGCAGCCUGUCUCCCAAAGAGAGAGCCCUUCUCAAGGAGGACCCUGCUUACUGGUUUUUGUCUGAUGACAGUAGUCUGGAGUAUAAAUAUUAUAAACUGAAGCUGGCAGAGAUGCAGCGUACGAGCCACACCUUACCAGGAGCGGAUCAGAAGCCAACAGCAGCAGAGUGUGCGGUCCGGGCCAUGCUGUAUGCUCGGGCAAUCCGGAGCCUCAAGAAGAGGCUCCUCCCAGGCCGCCGGCGGGGGCUGCUCCGCGCUCAAGGGCUCCGGGGCUGGAAGGUGAGGAGAGCAACCACCGGGACCCAGACUCUCCUGUCCUCGGGCGCCAGACUGAAACACCAUGGCCGGCAGGUUCCAGGUUCAUUGCAGGGAAAGCUCUCCCAGCCACAUGGAAAUGCUACUACCAAGGACUGCCCACCAGACCCAGCCGGACCCUCUCCUGGGGACCCCAGCCCAGAAGCCUUGGGCCCACCCUCCAAGUCUACAGAAGUGGAAGUCUCUGAAGCCCCUCAAACCUCCUCUCCCUGCCCAUCUGCUGAUGUUGACGUGAAGACAAUGGAGACUGCAGAGAAACUGGCCAGGUUUGUUGCUCAGGUGGGACCAGAGAUUGAACAAUUCAGCAUAGAAAACAGCACCGACAACCCUGACUUAUGGUUUCUCCAUGACCAAAACAGUUCAGCCUUCAAAUUCUAUCGAAAGAAAGUAUUUGAACUAUGCCCAUCGAUUUGUUUUACAUCAUCUCCACUGAACCUCCACGCUGGUGAGAGUGCUGAUUCUCAGGAGAGCCCCCGUGACCCCAUGGAAGGGGAAGAAGAGUUUGAGGCCGAUCCCCCUCAGCAGGAGGCGGGGCUCGAGAGCCCGGAGGGGAUGCCCGAGGAUGAGGACGAGGAGGAGGACGAGGAGGAGGAUGAGGAGGACGAGGAGGAGGGGGGUGAAGAGGCCUCCGCUCCUAGAGGGGCCUCCAGGCCAGCAGGAGGGGCUGACAAGUCUGAGGGCAGCCCCCCCGCUGAUGGGCUCCCGAACGAAGCGGCUGAAGAUGGCCCGGCUGGGGCGCCUGCCCCAUCACAGUCCUCCUCGGGCGCCUGCUUUCCCCGAAAGAGGGUCAGCAGCAAGUCCCUGAAGGUCGGCAUGAUUCCGGCUCCCAAGAGGCUGUGUCUCAUCCAGGAGCCCAAAGUUCAUGAGCCAGUUCGCAUCGCUUAUGACAGACCUCGGGGUCGUCCCGUGUCCAAAAAGAAGAAACCCAAGGACUUCGACUUCGCCCAGCAGAAGCUAACUGACAAGAACCUGGGCUUCCAGAUGCUGCAGAAGAUGGGCUGGAAGGAGGGCCACGGCCUGGGCUCCUGUGGGAAGGGCAUCAGGGAGCCCGUCAGCGUGGGAACUGCCUCGGAAGGGGAGGGGUUAGGUGCCGACGGGCAGGAGCGCAAGGAAGACACAUUUGACGUGUUCCGUCAGAGGAUGAUGCAGAUGUACAGACACAAACGGGCCAACAAAUAGGUUUGGUUGAAGGAGCGAGCCCCACGCUCACCGAGCAUGGCCGCGUGGCUCGACAGCGGCCUUGGUGCAGGGCUCCCGGGCACGACUGCAUGUGGCCAUCCCGGGGAAGUAGGCCGCCGCGGAAAUGGCCUUGGGUCUUGCACAUGUAAGGGCGAUCUGGAAGCGGGCACUGCCGAGGACAGUGGCUUUGCCACAUACCUUUCUGAGCAUCUUCAAAUCCUUUUGUUCUCAAGGGCCUUGGGUCCAUAUAAAUAUCCCCUUCUUUCUGUUCUCUUUUUAGCUACCUUCCCCACCCAUAAUUUCCAACUCCGUUUUGAACAAAAUCGUUCUCUCCCUGAAUAGAUGAAACCAUUGGUGAGAAAGAUCAGGCUUGAAGCAGCACUUACUCUUAGCGCGCCACCUCUGCCCCGGACCUGCCCUGGAGCCAGUGCCCAAGUAGGUUUGGUGUGUUCACAAGAAACAGCGUCUCUGCAGGUCCCGUGCGGAGGUUCCGCUGGCUUCUCUUCUUCUUCUUCAACAGAAAACGAGUGCACCAUUCCCUAUCUGCUUUUGCUUUCGCCCCUUCUUCUAAGUGCGUGUGGCAGCCAGUGCCUUGCAGGUCUUUCCCGGUCCCCCCUCAGCGGCCGGUGCUGUCCUCCGAUGGCGCUCCAGAGCCAGCCCCGUCAGGCUUCCCGCCCCAGGGGACUCUCUCCAGAAGUGCUCUGUCAGCACACUUGGUGUCAGACCAGUGACGGAGUGUCUUCACGUGGUUUACAGACUGCAAAUGGGCGACUGAAGCCAACAUCAGCGAAGUCCUCCCUGGGAGCAUAGCGCAGCCUGCCGGCGGUAGCACCAAAGCUCCGGGGAACAAGUGGAGAUACUUGAUUCGACGAAGGCGUUAUUUACGGAGUCUGGGCUCUUAAGUGCGUCCCCAGAGACUUGGUGGAAGUUUAGCCACAGGAUAAUAGAGCCGUAUUCAGUGGGGAGCAGUCAUUACAGGGAUGACACUUGCCCAGAUUCACAGGGCACACCAACUGCAGUGUGCUUUUUUUUUUUAAUCGCAUAUGGAGUCUCUCCUACAAAGGGCUGGGAGUGUAAACUCUUCAGGACAUUUCAUUUUUGGCAUGUGCAGCAGGGUAAAGAAUCGUUUUCUCGGGCCUUUGUACGGAGCAGAAAGCAUCCUCCUGGGGCGGGCUCCGCAGCUGUUUGCUAUUUCCAGGCGCGUGAUUGCCGCCCUUCUAUCGCCUCCCGGCGCUCGGCUCCUUGCAGCUCCAUGCAAAGCUCUCGGCUGUGGCAAUCUCAGCCCUUCCUCAUAAAGCAGCAGUGUUGAAGUUUUAAAUACGUGCUAAAACCUGGGAAGCUGGGGAUCCUGCUGACACUACAAGCUUGGGGGACACAGCAAUGAGUUACUGUGUUGGCCAGUCUUCACUUUCUUAAAGCCACAGGCCCCGACUGUGGUCCCAGCUUGCUCUCUGGCUCGUCUUGUCGGGCUCACACCCACCAUCACAGGCCUGUGCUGUAUCUCUUCCAGGCUCUGCUUGCUUCUGGUUGUUUCUGUUGCAAGGGCAACCGGCAGAUCUUUAUGGCCAGGGAGAUGCUGGAAAUGCCUCAGCAGAGGUGAAGCUGCCUGCGCGGGUGGCGUGGUGUGGGGGAACCACAGCUGUGGAGUUCAUCUCUUUUCUUUCCUGAUCCUUCCAGUAGCCUUCCAUAUUGGCUGUGUGUUGGGCACAUGGAUGGAACUCUGAGAACAGGGCUUCUGUCCUCUAUGGCCUUUCACAGAGUGCCCAUCAGCCCUGAGCAUGGCAUGUACUCUCCAAAUAGGUUCUAGCUCUUUCUCUCCAGCAUAGAUAGCUCUGACCAUCAUAUUCACUUUGUGCUUGUAUAUUCGUUCUUGGCUUUCUCUGCUUGUGUUUGUGAGUAAAAUGCUUUAGGAAUUACCAGGGUAUGAGCCCUGUCCCUCAGCCUCCUGCCUCCCUUCCUUCCGGGGACAUCCCACUUCGAGCUGACCCCGUGAGCCUUUGGCACACAUCAAAGGGAACACCUACUUCUUGAUCCUGGAAAGUCCUCUGAGCACUCAGGCGAUGCUUUUCCUGUGCGUGUGAUGUCACAGGAGCUGGGGCGGAGCCUGAUGGCCUGUCCCUGUGCCAGCUGUGGGCCAGGGACCAGCACCGGCCCUCCGUGCUCGCCCUUGCUCCCUCUGGCGAAGUCUCCUCACGGGAAGCGUGCGUGCGAGUGUGGUGUGCGGUUGCAUAGCCUUGUCAAAGUCACAGUGUCUUUUCUGUCAUUCUAGUUCCAGGGUCUCUUCCAUGAGGACGACAGGCAUCCGGAAAGUGCUAACUCGCCACUUUGGGUGCUUACUGUCUCUGGCUUGUUUCCAUCACUGGAAAUCAUAUAGAGAAUUUUAGCGUUUUUUGGUCCUUGGUAAAACCUAGAAGACAUUUGUGAUGUUGCAAAAUGGAAGUUUUUGGUUUUUUGUUUUGUUUUCUCUUUCUUUUUUUUUAAUCUAAGAAGUUGUGAAUGUUGUUAAUCAUUUAGCAGUUGCAAUAAAUGUAGAGGAAACCCAAUUUUC